UUUAUUGAUAUUUUUGCAGAACAAAGUGAGUGUUGAUUUAAGAAUACUAAUUUUUUUAAUCCCCUGUAUUCUUUAGCUGUAUAGUUGAAAGACUUUGUCAAGUUUACUUGCUAAUUCUCAAAUUGUCACUAAGCACAAUGAGUGAUUCAGAGACAAGUGUGUCCAGUAGGAGUCCUUCACCAGCAAAGCAUAAUAAACAGAGCUCAAGAUCUCAUCCUCAUCUUCAGUCACGAGCUCCUAGGAGGGAUCAGUCCAGGGACCGUGACUCUGAUGCUUCAUCUUGUGCAUCAAGUGGAGAGCGGAGACAUGGAGCUCACGAGUCUAGAGGUCAUAGGAAGAAACUGUCGAAGGAUGUUAAUCAUGAUCAUGGCAGACAUGAGUCCGGGAAACAUUCUAAACACGAGCACAGUGAAGACAGGCUUUCUUAUGACAAAGAAAGAAGAAACAGAAGAAUGCAUGGAAAGGAAAAAAAUGACAGUGUUAAUGAAAAGAGAAGAUAUUCCAGGUCAAAUUCUGCUAGUGAAUCCGAAGAUACAUCGCCAUCUCUUAGAAGGCAAAUUUCUAGAGACAGGGAUAGAUUUAGAAAUUCACACCAUGACAACAAUAAGGAUACCAGAGAACAAAGAAGAUCUAGAUCUGGAUUGAAAUCUCCAAAGUCACACUCUAGAAAUCAGAGAUCAACUUCUAGAGAUUCAAGAGAAGAAUCAGCUGAUGAUAGGAAAAAAGAUUCUCGGUCACAUAAAAAAGUGCAAUCUCACUCCAAGGAUAGAAAGAAAACUGGAUCCAAGCCCAGAGAUUCUUCUGAAUCAGAACUCUCGGAAACAACUGCAGAAAAACAUAGCAGAGAUCAUCGACAUAGUAAAAAGUCUAAGCGGGCUCGAUCUGAGUCUUCAAAGUCCAAGUCUCCAAGCCACUUUCAUAAAAAGAAGAAGAAGAAAAAAAGGUCUCGAUCUGAAUCAUCAGCGUCUAGAUCUCCCAGCCGUUCCGUGCACAAGAAAAAACUUUCCAAGCAAGCAAGGGCCGGCAGCUCCUCAGAGCCUGAGACGCAACAGGAAGUGAAGAAGAAGGCAGACAAGCCCACAACUGCAGCGGAGCAACUGAAGGGAUUACUUGGAGAUGGCCCUACCAAAAGGCUGGGGUCACCACCUUCACCUGACGGGCGCUGGGGCCACAGCAAAUACCACGAGCAGCUGCGGCAGCAGUACUACGGUUCGUCCUCGAGCAAAGACGGUCUCCUUCCCACCCCCCACAGCGGGGGCUCCGCACCCUCUUCCCACCACCGCCACCCCGACCCUCCCUCAGAGCCCCGCCACCACCACCACCACCGCCACCAUGGCAGGUCACAUGACCGGAGCACCCGACACAAACCCUUCAGGGACCAGUUUGAGGAGAUGCUGGAGCAGCGCCGGAGCUGCAGGAGGGACAUCGCCAGGGACGGAGUGCCUCUAGUGUGGGGGCAACCGCCUCUUGAGUGCCCUGAUUCAGACGAGCACAGCGAGCAUGAGGGGGCGGAGGCCCCCAGCGCCCCCCUGCCCCCCACCAAGCACAAGACCAAGUCUAAGAAAGAGAAGAAGAAGCGCAAGAAGAAAGAGAAGAAGAAGCUACGCAAGCAGAAGCGCAAGCUCAAGAAGCUCAAGGCGGCGCUCAAACUCCAAGGAGGCAGCGUUAAAAUCAAGGAUAUCUCCUCCGACUCAAGCUCCGACUCUGAGUCCGACUCCGACUCAUCCGACUCCGAGGAGUCAACCACGUGGAUUGAGCGAACAAAAGGCGCUGACGGGGAGAUGGUCGAAGAGGAGGUCAUCGGUCCCCUGCCCAAGCAGCAGGUUACCCUCACCAAGAAGGACUACGGCAAGGCGCUGUUGCCAGGUGAAGGCGCCGCCAUGGCGGCAUUUGUGGCGGAGGGCAAGCGAAUCCCCCGACGUGGCGAGAUCGGUCUCACGUCCGACGAGAUCACGUCAUACGAGGACGAGGGCUACGUCAUGUCAGGGUCGCGGCACCGGCGCAUGGAGGCGGUGCGGCUGCGUAAGGAGAACCAGAUCUACAGCGCCGACGAGAAGCGCGCGCUGGCGCUCUUCUCGCGCGAGGAGCGAGCCAAGAGGGAGAGCAAGAUACUGACGCAGUUCAGGGAUAUAGUGACGCAUAAGAUUAAUAAGAGGGGCAACUAG